GAAAUCGUUUUGGUUUCGCACAUCCAGGGAGAUAAUUUGGCGAAAAUGCUGAAGAAUGAUCGAUGUUGGCGAUGUGAUGUUUCUUGUAAGUCACCUACUCCGAAAGUGUGCUGCAGUAGAUGCGAAGUAGCUUAUUACUGCAGCGAAACUUGCAAGAACAGGGAUCUGUUUCGACAUCAAGUGGACUGCCAAGCUGCCACCUUAAAGAGGACAUGUUCCGGAUGCAGCAAGGAAAGCAGCCGAUUGAAACAGUGUGGUAGCUGCCUGCAAGCUUGGUAUUGCAAUCAGGCUUGCCUAAAGAAAUCCUGGCCCGCACACAAAGCAUCCUGUCAAAAAAUGACGAGAAAUACAAGAGAAAUGUCUUUAAACAUCAAGAAACACCACGACCUUGUAGAGUUUUCGCCUGGCACUGCAACAGUUUACUACUGGGGUAACAUUCCUGCACAAGAUCUUAUAAAAUUCCCACUGAACGAAGGUUCUGAGUAUUCAAAGCCUAUCUCAGUCCUUGCAUGUGGCGUUGGUGACCCACGCAAUAUCGUAUUGUCCGUCUCGAAGCUUCCAGAAGUUUAUCAAGAAGAGCUGACCUUUGUCUUGAAUGACAUCUGCGCCUGUACACUGGCCAGAACGAUACUUUUACUCUAUAUGAUAUUCAAAGGUAAGGUAUAUGAUUACAUCAAUUAGAGUCACAAAUCAGUUAAUCAAGGAAAUCGAAUUGUGCAUCAGCAGAUCAGUUUUAAAAAAUGGAUCAGGGUCUUGUAGAACACCAUGGGACUAAAAUUGGGACUGUAUAAUCAGGGCCUGCUUACAUGAAGGUGGGAGAUCCCAAGUAACUGAGGAAGCCCACCGAGCCGUGGGCGUUUACAUACAACUAACAACCCUGCAUAGGAUCCCGGGAUAAGGUUGUUGGCAAAUGUAAUAUGAACGCGACCCCGGCUAGGUGGGUUACUCCACCUUGAGACGUUUACAUAGCAAAUUGCGACCCCGGCUGACAGGGUUACCCUAUCCAGCAGACCGGGCAACCCUCAGCUGAAUCCACUUAUCAUAUUAAAGGGAUCAAGAUGAAAUAAAAGAUUAUAUGCACAGGCGAGUUACCCCGCCCUAGCGGGUUACCUCACCUACCUGGGGUCCCCCACCUCCAUGUAAACAGGCCCUGAUGCUGGAGGGAGAAUUUUGUAACCAGAAAGAUGUAGGGCUGGAUCUUUUGUAUGCUUGUGGAAUGUUAACAACCCAGUUACCAUGACCAAGACUGACGCUUUCAUCAACCAAUUUCCAGACGGGCCUCAUGUUACGAUUCAUUUCUUUAUUUUACAGCGCUGAUCGAGCAACAUAUGUUGUCAAAGGGUGUCCAUUUAAAAAACAAUAAUACAAUGUCUACUAAAUGAUUAGAUUUUUUAUUCAAGAAAUGCUGGCAUCUCCCGGUGCAAUGAAGAUUCAGAACUCAGUUUCAAAAUUCCCUCACAAUUUGGAUCACUACAGACAAUAGGGAUCUGAAUAAGUGUAGAAAGCAAAGGUUAAUAUUUCAUUUUGUUGUUGUUGUUUUUUUUUUCUUCUAUAGGCGGAGAAGAAGCUGCAAGUUCCGUGACGCAGAUUUGGUAUUCACUGCGUCUCAGCGAAGAUGACUAUAAGCUGGUCAUCAAUGCCCUGGAAGAGCUGAUCCAAACGUCCAGCCUUGAAGAGCUGACAGGAGACACCAUGAGGAUGGAGCAAAACCAACUUAAAGAGGUCACACACGUGUGGCGCACUUGGCUGAACCUUAGCUCACGGAAGGAAAAAUGGAUAUCAGAAGCUCGACGUAGGCGCUUUGACAACCCCCAAGCGAAGGAAGGUAUGAAACUGUACUUGGCCGAAAUCCCGAAAGAGCAUAAAAAGUCUGCAUCAGAUUGGUUUGCCAACGGGAUCCUGUCGUCCAAGGAAUCAAGAGGCGCACUUUUUUUUGAAAAUUUCACUUUGACAGGCUCUGACUAUCAGAACAGUCGUAAUAGAGGCCCAUUUUCUUACAUCAUUCAGUCUUCUGUCUCUCCCUUCUUAUCAUGGGAUUACAACGAUGUCUGCCGUGUGAGCAGAGCACCAUCAAUUCUGAAAAUGUACAGUGAGUAUGUUGGUCAAGUGCUCAAGAAAUGCUCUGUGAGGUUGGCGACAAGGCAAGUGAAAUUUCACUUCCUGUUGUGCAACUGUAUGGAGAUAACUCCAUUCCUUCCACCAGACCGGAAGUAUGAUCGAGUGACAACCUCAAACAUCGCUGACUUUGUACCACUGGGGACACUUCUGGACACGUUGUUACCUCACAUGAAUCUCAAUAACCCUUUAUCAGUCAUCAUCACCGAAUUUCAGAACUGGGUCCAGUUUACAGAUUGGCAAUUCAGGGCUGCCAAAUUUGCAUGCGACUUGACACGAGGAGACAACUUUCGCAAGAAAGUCCUUGAAGACACCAAAAGUCAUGCCAUCGCCUAUUCCGACGCGAGACAGGCUUUCGUCGAGUACCAAGACCACAGUGUAGAGUUCAUCACCUUCCUCCGAGCUGCUUUAGUGGCUUCUGAGGUCCAUUUCCAGAGUAAUCGCAAGCAAACGUGGUCCUCAGUGGCUGAUUAUAACGGGUUAAUAGUCCGCAACUUCCUCCGCUGCCAAAAUCGCGUGUUUCCUGCUAAGUGGCUGUUAAACUGUCGCCGAGUGACCAUGUUAAAUGGGUUUGAAAGAGCCGUAGAAUGGAUAGUCAAACCGAGCUGA